UUACGUACGCUACGCCGUAGCUGUGACGAACAACGAACUACCUACGACUUUAGUGCAAGUGUAUAAUGUGCUACGUGUAAUUCUAGUGUUAAUUCAAAAGUGUAUUUAAUAAUUGUAGAGAUAAUUAUGAAUUUCUAAUUUAUUGUCAGUGUAAUUAUGAAUUAUGGUGUUAAAUAAUUAUGAGUCGGCGUUGUCCAAUUUGGCAAAACAACACACGAUGACCUUUCCAUUUUGCAGAUUAUGAAGCCUCGGGUGGGGCUUUGCCUCGUUCUGGCGCUAUGUGGAGUGCGGGCGUGUUCUUUCUCACGCAUAUAGUUGUGUGCCAAUUUGCCACAGAAAACCCUCCAGCUUCAACAACGACUACAGAAGACCAAACCGUGACAUCAUUUUACGCAUUAACCACCGGCCUUGCGCCUGCGCCUAUCAUGCUGCGCCUGGGGAACUCUACAAUAGACAGUACCAAAUCAUUUAAAGUACCACAACCGACAGAAAAUCACGUAGAUACAACAAGCGACACGAAUCAGAACGAUCCUGUUAUUGAAAAAGUGAACCCAAUCGACAAAGUCAAAAUAGACGUGAUACCACACGUAAUAUCAGCUAAGAAUACAUAUUUUGAUCAUGAUAGACGAUAUGGGCCGACGUUCGAAGAUGCGAAGGAUGGUAACAUAACUAAAGUUACUGUACAACUGGGAGAAGAUGGCCAUUUGAAUUGUAGAAUUAGUUUGCUUCAAGAUAAGACGGUAUCCUGGGUACGUCGUAGAGGCAGAGAUGAGAUGCCGGAACUCCUGACAGUGGGAGCUGUAACGUAUGCCGCUGACAACAGGGUAACUGUCGCCAGGCGAUACCCUGGAAACUGGAGACUUCUCAUCAGGGAGGUCAAGCCUGAUGAUGAAGGUGUCUACGAAUGCCAGAUCUCCACACACCCGCCUAGAGUUAGCAGGACUUAUUUACAUGUUAACAAUGAUAAAAUCAUUGGAGCACAGAAAGCGAACCUAAUAAAUAUUGCACUUGAGCUAUGCUAUGAAAAUAAAAUUACAAUCAAGGCAUUGAGUUUUGACGGCUUUCCAGCAAACCUGGCUAUGGCCAAGCAACUAGGCUGCGAAUUACAACAUGAUAGUGUAAAAACCGAGCAAGUGGCAGGCGGCGCGGACAGCCUACUGCGGCUGGCGAGGGUGAACAGCAGCGACGCGGGCAACUACACGUGUGCCGUGCGGGGCGCCAGAUCUCACACCGUCUCUGUGCAUGUCCUUAACGAAAGCCUAGCCGAACUACACGCAGGGGCUACAUCGAAACCACCAUCCGUUACUACGAUAAUAACAUUAAUAACGUUAACCGUUGUAACGAAUCAAGUUAACCGUUAUAGGUUACAAGCUACGUUAUUCUUGACAUCACUAUUUAUGGCUAUCGCGACCCAAAGCGUUGUAAGAGAUCAGUUUAUAGUGACGUUACCUACGUGAUAUAAGAAUUUGUAAAUAAUCGUUAUUAAGAUAUGAAUAGUUAC